ACUGAUGUGAACAAGAAAAACAUCGAUACACACGAUAUGAUCAAAAGUCCAUAGCAAUGCGCGUUCGGAAACGGACGUGCCACUACGCAGUAAGUUAAUUACACCUAACCGGCGUUUCGAGCGGCACAAGCCGCUGCGCGUAAUUGACAAUGAGUUCCCAGCAACUCAUUGCCAAUGAGCUCCUGGCGUUCAUUAUACACGUUAUCGACACCAUGGAUGAAGUCAGCAUAGUGCAGAUAUGCAAAUCAAAUUUCAGUGAAGAUGAGAUUUGCAGUGGCAAGAUGCUGCUUUUCCAGCGUCUCGGUAAAGCCGAAGUGAUGCCAUCUCGCCGGAGGGAUGGAGGCGUGAAGAGUCUCCAAGAUAUAAUCACGCUGCUGAAGGAGACUGACCCGGACGACGUGCCUACAUUCGUGGCGAAGGAGCUGCACAAGCUGCCCCCCGUCACGUUCGACCACAUCGAUGUUACUAGGCUGCUGAAGGACAUUACGUCCCUGAAGUCUAGCCUAGCCGAAGUACAGUGUAAAUUAGAGGCUUCGGAUAACAUCAUAAGUGAGCUGUGUACCCAAGUUGCGUUAUUAAACAAUGCUGUUUCGGUAUGUAGGUCACCAGAAGCCUCUAAUGUAAACACACGACGCGGAGCAGCGCUGAAUGCCUCGGUCAGCAGUUUCGAGUCGGCACAUAAUGCGUCACCAUUCGUUGCUGCCACCGCGCAUGAUGCGCCGCGCCCCGCUGCCCGCCCCUCUGCCUCGGUGGAAAUGUCACGCGUGUGCACGUCAACCCCGACACUUGCAUACGCCGCUGUAGCCGCUUCAACCAGCCGUCCCGCCACUUCGAAAUUCGAGCGGCGGCAAUCGGCUAAGGAUAAAACCAAUCUCCGUGUGCCUGUCUCUGAAGUUGCAAAACUACAGAGGCAGACGGUCCAGUGCGACGAGGAUGGCUUCACAAAGGUGGUGAAGAGGAAGAGGAAGCCCACCAGCCGUAACCAGUGUGGCACAGCUCCGACAGGACCGAACUACCUGCUGCGUCCGGCCGUACCGACGACGUUGAUGUACCUGUCGCGGCUGCAUUACUCCACGAAGUCUGAGGAGAUAGUGGAGUAUAUCAGGCAUAAAGCCAAAUACACCCUGAGAGUCGAGCGGUUGGAGUCUCGCCGCAACGUGAACUUUAAUUCGUUUGUGGUGAGAAUACCGACCGAACAUCUUUCGACCUUCAUGAAAGAGGAAUUUUGGCCGAAGGGUGUCAUAUAUCGGCGAUUCCGCGGCCGGUUACCUGACACCAGAUUGCGCCGCACAUCGCCGAUAAGUGAAAUCGUGUAG